AUCAUCUGCUCCGCCGUAACUUCUGUGUAUGCGACCGGAAUUUAAACAUGACGUUUUGAUAGAAUUGCUAUGACAUCACCGGGGUCCGUUGCACUUCCCGGGCUGAUAUUCGAUCUAAGAAACGACGAGUGCAUAAUGCGAACGUCCGUCGAUGCGUGAUUGCGAAUUCUGUCGUUUUGAUAAUUAACGCCACACCUAAGUCACGCAAUUUAUUUAUCACAAACCUACAGGCACGUAUAUGCCUGUGGCGUACGCACCAGAAUAUUCCGUGUAGCUUGGCUGUGAUUAUCUGUAACUUUGUCCUGUAUGUAUACGAUUCCCCACAAUCCCCACCGGAGAUCGCACAAUCAAGUGUAUAGAAACAUUAGAAACGUAGGAAGGCGAUAAUCUCCGGGCGUAACGUCUUUAUGAGACCUCCUUCUCGUAACAUUGAGCAGAUUUACGCGUAGAGCGUGCUGCGGCAAAAAGUUGUAUUCAUGCCGUUUUGUCUGAGAGGUAACGCAACUUGCAAAAUGGAAGAAUAUUCUGUUGCAUCUGAUGUGUCAGUAGUGGACGUGUACGAUAUUGCAUCGGAGAUAGGGAAGGAAUGCGAGAAGCUCAUAGAUCUGUUUGGGGUGGAGUCGGUGACUAAUUUGAUGCCAAAGGUGAUAAACGCUUUAGAGCUACUUGAGAAUCUUGCUACUAAGAAUGAGCGUGAAAAUACCAUGGUGCAAGAGCUGAGUGCUAAGAUCUCUCAGCUUGAGAGCGAUAAGAUUGGAAAGGCUGAAGAUAGGCAACGAUUUGAAAAGGAAUUGGAACAAAUUGAGGAACACUGGAGACAAGAAUCACGAGAUUUAGUAGCAAUGGUUACUAGAUUACAAGAAGAAAACAGACGAUUAGCCGAAUCUCUACAUGAAUCACGUAGUGAUAGUCAGUACAGCAGUAAACAAACAACUAUCACAGCUAGUCAGGAGGUUGAUAUAGCAGUUCUACAACAUUUGAGGUCUAUGAUAGAUAAACAACGAGAGCAAAUCCGUGCUAGAGAUCGAGAAUUGUCACAAAAAACCGCAGAAAUUGAAAAUUUGAGUGCACAAGUGGAGAAACUUACCGUACUGGGACGAGAAUUGAAACGUAAACAACGACAAGCGCAAAUGCAAGCUCGAGGUUUAGUAGAAGAAAGAGCCGACUUUUUAGCACAACUGCAGGAUCAAAAUCGGGAACUUAUAAAUCUUCGGGGACGGCUUGGCAUGGCUAAGAAAGAAAAUGAGGAUUUGAGUAAAUUACAAGGCUGUCCUGAUUUGACGAACAAAGCAAUUUAUGACCUGGAUGAUCCUGAUAGGCCCAGAUUCACGACUGCCGAACUAAAAGAAAUUUUACACGAGCGAAAUGAAUUGAAGGCAAGAGUUUCGGAUCUCGAAGAUGAACUAGAAUUAUAUAGACCAAAACCUGAAAUUCCUGAGGAUGACAAAGAUGCACCCGUGCAGGGGCCGCUUCCUUAUGAACCAGAUGAUGCACCAUGGAAAAAAUCCUCUGAAUCUGGAAUUCGUAAAUUCUUCCGAAAAAUAUUCUCUGAAUCUAGCAGCAGCUUUCUCGGAGGUAGUAGUCCCAGACGAAGUCUUUCUAGUCUUUCAAAAAUGGCCCUAUCUGGUAACAGUACCUGUGAUACAUCUAUAUAAUGCUUUUUUAAAAAUGCGUUGAAUAAUUUUAAGUAAUUGGAACUUGUCGAGGACGACAACCAAGGAUGACGUGGCUUAGGACUAGACUUUUUAUUUACGUAAUCACAUUCUCUGACUGCUCGAUAUACAUACAAUUUUACAUCAGAUAUUUUAACGUAGAGAUAGCAAUUCCUGUAAGAUAGUUGAUAUUGUUGAGACCUGGUUCAUAAUAGAUAGAUGUGCAUGCAAUGAGUGAAUAGAGGAAAUACUAGAUUUGUAUAAACCUAUAAUACAACAGAAGAAACUUGUGUGCAUGUACAUAAUUAUAUAGAUGUAAAAAAAAGACAAUGUGUAUUUAGCUGCACGACCUUAGUACCUCAUAACAUUUUUCAUUUUUUCCAUUUACUCCCCUUUAGACGUUGAAUUCAGUGAAAUUAAUAGAUACGUAGGAUAUUCGUAAUGUAAGAAAAAGUAUAUGUAAGAAAAAGAUAGUGAUCAAAUAGAAAAAAAUAUUCCAGUUUUUUCAAACUUACUAGGUGCGUGUAGUUUUAAAUGUACAUUGAUGAGGUUCUAAUUAUGUCUAAUGUGAAACAGGUCUCGUUUUUUUUCU